AUGUUUUUACAGCUUGCAGCAGUAAACACUGUUGUUUUCACUGUGAAGGCAAUGGAUGCUGAUGGAGACAUGCUUAGAUACACCAUUGACCCAGCAACGUUAGACUCGUCCUACUUCAGGAUUGAUCAAUCAAACAGCGGCAAUGUAGUUCUGGACAAGCCCUUGGACUACGAGACCAAAACAAAUCUGAAGAUGUUGAUCUGGGCCAUGGAAACCAAUACAGCAGAAAGGUUCAGUACCUCCACUGAAGUGAUUGUCAGUGUCCAGGAUGGAGACGACCAGUAUCCUCACUUUCUGCCCUGUGUGCCUCUAUCGCUUGAACUUCCCGUCUGCACUAACCCCUCCUACAGCACCAAUGUCACUGAGAAACAAAAGAAUCUUGUGUUGAAGUUUUCUCCUGGCCCAGUAAAGGCUGAAGAUGGAGACAGGGGUCUGGACACUCCUCUUAAGUACAGUAUCCUCUCAGGCAAUGACUGGGACAGAUUUGUGAUAAACAGCAGCACAGGCCAGAUCACAUUAACUAAAGCUGCAGAGGAUCGGCGUCAGACUCCUUUCUUCAGACUCAACAUCAUGGCCUCUCAGCUUGAUGACCCAAUCAAGUACAGUAUUGCAUCAGUCCUAGUCCGAGUUGUGGCGGAGAACAUGUAUCCCCCUGUUUUCAACCAAUCCACAUACAAAGGUUUUGUUGUUCAAAGCUCCAGCCCUGCCGCCAUUGUCUCCACUUAUGGAAAUCAGGUGCUGCUCAUCCAGGUUUCAGACCUGGACUUUCCAGAUGGGCGGAACCCAAAUGUGCAGUACUCCCUCUACAGUCCGUCAGUCACAGAGGGACUGUACCACAUCACACAAGGAGGAGUGCUUAUAGCCAAAACAGACCGCCUCUAUGCCUUUGACAGACACAUCAUACAGGUAAUUGCCAGAGAUGAAGAAUCAGGAGAGGAAGUAUCCGCUUCAGUGGAUAUUGAGGUCCUGCAGAGAGGACAAGCUACUCCUCGUGGAACACUCACUGAGGAGCAGUUUGUACGAGAUAUUGAAACUGGAGUAAUUUCGGCUGCCAUCUUGUUGCUCUUACUCACAGCUGCCCUUUUUCUCCUGCUAAGAAUGCUCAGGAGAAAGCACAACAGGCAAAAACUUGAAAGAGAAGCUAAAGAUGAGAGACAGCACAUAGAGGUAUUAAACUAA